CCUUGAGCCUCGCGGCUCCCCGUACCGCGCGGGGCCACGUGCCCGCCCUGCAGGGGUCAAAGGGCGUCGCGCAGGCGCAGGGAGCGCGGCGUCAGCGGCCAUGGGCGAGGCGGGCGACGCUGAGGAGGCCCGUCGGCCCGCGGGGACCAGGGAGGAGUUCGUCAAGGUGCGCAAGAAGGACCUGGAGCGCCUGACGACGGAGGUGAUGCAGAUCCGCGACUUUCUGCCGCGCAUGCUCAGUGGCGAGGUGCUGGACACGGUGCGGCGGCUGCAGGCGCUGGAGGAGAAGCUGGAAAGGAGAGAGCAAGAGUUAGAGCAACUGAGGAUGGACUGCCAGCACUUUAAGGCCCAGCUGGAGACGCUGCAGGCCGACAGCAUGAGGGAGAAGAAGGAGAAGCUGAGUCUGCAGCAGCAGCUGCACGAGGCCAGGCAGCAGCUCCUGCAGCAGGCCGAGUACUGCACUGAGAUGGGCGCGGCCGCCUGCACCCUCCUGUGGGGCGUCUCCGGCAGCGAGGAUGUUGUCAGAGCCAUCCUGGCAGGGGGUAAAGCUCCGAAAUUCUUCCGCAUCACGGGUCAGACCAUGGAGAGUUUUGUGAAGUCACUGGAUGGGGACGUCAAGGAGCUGGACUCAGACGAGAAUCAGUUUGUUUUCGCAUUGGCUGGAAUUGUGACAAAUGUUGCCGCCAUAGCCUGUGGCCGGGAGUUCCUGGUCAACUCCAGCCGCGUGCUCUUGGACACCAUACUGCAACUUCUGGGGGACUUGAAGCCCGGACAGUGCACCAAGCUCAAAGUGUUAAUGCUGAUGUCCCUGUACAAUGUGAGCAUCAACCUGAAGGGCCUCAAGUACAUCAGCGAGAGCCCAGGCUUCAUCCCUCUGCUGUGGUGGCUCCUGAGUGAUCCUGACGCUGAGGUGUGUCUGCACGUGCUGCGCCUCGUCCAGUCGGUGGUGCUGGAGCCCGACGUCUUCUCCAAGUCGGCGGCCGAGCUCUGCAGCUCUCUGCCCUUGCAGCGCAUCGUGGCCAUGACCAAGAGCCGCUCCCCACCCCUGCAGGCUGCGGCCCAGGAGCUGCUGGAGGACCUCCGCGGGCUGCGGCCAGAUGCGUAG